UGGGUGCGAGGCUGCGGCAUCGCACCGUCGGACGCCGACCUCUUCCCAGACAAGCUGGCCGACCUCAAGGGGCGCGAGCUGGCCUUCGCCACCUUCCACUACCCGCCGUACGCCGUGCUGGAGGACUCCACCAGCACGCAGGACGGCAUGGAGACGCGAAUACUGCUGGAAUUUGCCAAGAAGGUAAACGCAAGUUGGCGCCUGACGGUGGACGCGGAGCACGAGUGGGGCGAGAUCUGGGACAACAACGGCUCCGGGAACGGCAUCCUGGGCGCGGUGGUGACCGACGUGGCGGACGCGGGCUACGGCGCGCUCUACCAGUGGUUCCACGAGUACCUAUUCCUGGACUUCUCGCGGCCCUAUAUCCGCACCGGCAUCACGUGCCUGGCGCCGCGGCCGCGCCCGCUGCCGGGCUGGCAGGUGCCGCUGCUGCCCUUCUCGGCCCACCUCUGGGCCGCCGUCGGAGCCUCCGUCCUCGUCGCCACCGCCGCGCUCUUUGCUGCCAGGAGGAGCUCCGACAGGAUGCUCGGGGAAGACACGGUACGCGCGGCUGCAGGCAGCAGGUACUCCACAGUGGAGGACUGCUUCUUCCGGUCUUUGGGCCUGCUGGUGCUGCAGACGCCGGACGUGGAGCGGCGCCACACACGUGUCGUGGGCCCCACGCGCCACGUGCUGUCCUGGCUGCUGAUCGCCUACCUGCUCGUCACCGCCAGCUACGGCAGCGGACUCUCCUCCGUGCUCACCGUACCAAAGUACGAGCCGCCCAUCGACAGUGUGCGCGACCUUUACGAGAGCGGCAUUGAGUGGGCGGCCACCCACGAGGCGUGGGUGUUCUCGCUCAGGGAAGCCACUCAGCCGGUAAUCACUGACCUUUACCACCGCUUCCGAGUCCACAAGGAGGACGUCCUGCACGCCAGGACCGUCGCCAGAGACCUCGCAUACUCCAUCGAACGGCUGCCAGCAGGGUAUUUCGCCAUUGGCAACUACAUCGACGAGGAGGCGGCGAGCAGGUGGCUGCGACCGAUGCGCGAGGACAUCUACUGGGAGCGGAGCAACGUGGUGGUCCGCAAGGGCUGGCCGCACCUGCGACACCUGGACGCCCUCAUCGACAGGCUGCUGGACUCGGGGCUUCUGCUAGCCUGGGAGGGGCAGCUGGGGACCUACACGUACCUGCCACCAGCACAACAGAUCCGUCAGGCGGGUUCCGGACCGAGCAGGGGCCAGCCUGUCGGCCGCCAAGCAGAGGCCAGAUCGCAGGAGCAGCCGCCAGGAGGCAUUAGAUACGCCGCUAGAGAUCGCAAAGUGUCUCGCCAGUGGAUGGCCGCCCGCGUGCAGCUGGCGGUGCAGACGGCAAUCUCGUCGUCCUCGUCGCACGCUGGAGACGGCCCAACGAAACUGCGGCUGGGACACGUCCAGGGCGAGUUCGCGCUGCUCAUAUUAGGGCUGGUGCUGUCUAUAAUCACUUUCCUUGCUGAGCUGCUUGUUUGCAAAAUUACUACCAGGAAUGUCGUCAGCGUGUAUCCGAGCAGAGAACGUCUGGCCCCGAACCGGAAACAUCGUAGCUCCAGUUGUCGCCAAGACAAGAUGUGGGCUUAG